AUGGCCAACCCAUAUCCGAACCGUUAUUCACAGCAUUUUCGGCAGCCAUCCGCCCCAGGGCCAUCUAGUAUGGGAGGAUCCCAACAAUCUCCUGCGUUGGUUGCUCGGAUAAACGAGAAGAAGCAAGAACUUGAGAAUCUACAAGCCCUACGGGAUUUAUCAGCGGGGUUGGCAUCACAGAUGCAACAAUUGGAAGAAAAGCUGGGAACAUUGGCUGAUGGAACGGAAGGUCGCUAUCCUCCGCCAACCUCGGACCGAUAAAUGCUAAUAGGGUUGGUUGUACAGCCGUUGCUGCAGUGUUAUCUAAUUGGCACAACGUGCUACGAGCCAUAGCUAUGGCUUCUUGUGAGUUACUAGAGUUACUAGAUAUGUGAUAACAAUGAGGGAUCAAGUGCUUACUGUUGCAGCUAAAAUACCCAAACCGAAGGACCCCGAAGCCGACGACAACCCGUUCGCACCUGAGAAGGCGGCGGACGAAAGUGAAGGCCUAAGGAAGGAUGAAAACGGCGUCUCUAUGCCACAAACGCUCGUCAGGAUCCCAGUACUACCACAACCAUCCAAGUGACCGGCUAGAUACGAUUACAUGAGAUCGCCGCCCUCCUGUGUUGGUCGGAAGCUUAUUCCUGGUUUGAAAG